GCCUAUGCAAGUUCAAGUAAAUUACAAAUUAAAUUUAGUUCAGUAACAUAAAUUUGACACAAUUAUUUUAUAAUUUACGAGCCUAAAUAUUAGGCCUACUAGAUUCUAAUUAAUAGUUUUUUAGUUAAUUAACUAACAUCAAACAAUAGUUUCUAGAUCUAGUCUGAAAUAAGUUUUUUUUCAAUAGAUCUAUCUAUCUAUAUCCUAGAAUCUAUUUUUUUUUUAAAUUAAAAAAAAAGCUUUCAAUUAGUCCUAUUUAUUAUAAUAAUUAGGCCUACAUUUUUAAGUUAUGGGUUUCAAUCACUUGUUGAAAAUGUUUAAGUACUCAGCUGCAACAAAUUUGUAUGCGAAAGCAAAUUUUAGCUCAAUUUCCACUGGACAAAAUUUUCUAAACAAUAUACUAGGCAUAGGCCUAGCUGGCAAAACCAAAAGUAGUAUCAACAGAUGCUUGUGGAAUUUAUCAGGCAACAACAAUACAUCAGAGCUAGAUAGUUUUUUGUCCAAAUCCUUUUUAGAUCUGGAAAAGAUUGAUGAAAAUUUAUUUAGAAGUAAAACUUUAUGGAAACCCAAAAAAGUUGCCAGAGGUAUAUAUGGAGGUCAGCUGAUUGGACAGGCUCUCAUAGCAGCUUCACAUGGAAUGCCAGAAAGUCAACACAUCCACAGUCUGCACUCAUAUUUCCUUCAAUCAGGUAGCACAGAUCGCCCAAUUCUAUAUCAUGUGGACAAAACACGAGAUGGCAAGACCUAUUGUUCUCGAUCAGUAAAAGUUGUGCAGGCUGGUUCUCCAAUAUUUACUAUGCAAGCAUCAUUCAAGAGAGCUGAAUCAGUUCCUAAAACUCACCAGAAUACAAUGCCGAAAGUUCCAUUACCAGACGAGCUACUUUCUCCUAUAGAAGUUCUAGAUAACUUAAGAAAACAAGAUUUGAUCAGCGAAGAGCGCCACAAAUUUGGAUUAGAGUGGUUUGAAGGCUUUCCUAUGGAUGUCAGGUGGGUGGACCCAACUAGCUUUAUGUAUACAGUACCACAGAAUCCUAAGAGGAGUGUAUGGAUCAAAGCUCAUGGGCACAUUGGUGACAAUUUGCACCAGAAUACUCAUAAGUGCUGCUUAGCAUAUCUAUCAGAUUUGUACAUUCUUCAAACUGCCUUGAUGCCUCUUAGUCCAAUUUGGGAUAAGUCCAUUUUUGUAGCCUCAUUGGACCAUUCUAUGUGGUUUCAUGCUCCAGUCCGAUCCGAUGAAUGGCUACUGUAUGAGACUGAAGCAGAACAUAUCGGAGAUGGACGAGCUCUUUGUCAUGGAAGAAUAUGGGAUAGUAAUGGCACCUUAGUGACAACUGUGGCUCAAGAAGGUGUGAUGAGAUUUAAUACACAUUGCAAGAUCAACGGAGUCAUGUCGGUAGUACAGAAAAACAAUCAAUCACCAGAACUUGAUAGUUUCUUGACACGAUCGUUUUUAGAUUUAGAAAAGAUUGAUGACAAUUUGUUUAGAAGUAAAUCACUAUGGAAACACAAAUUAGCUCGUGGUGUCUAUGGAGGACAACUCAUUGGCCAAUCCCUCAUAGCUGCUUCAUAUGGAAUACCUGAAAAUCAACAUAUACAUAGUUUACAUUCAUAUUUCUUACAGAAAGGCAACACAGAUCUGCCCAUGUUGUACCAUGUUGAUAAAACAAGAGGGGGUAAAACCUACUGCUCCCGCUCAAUAAAGGCAGUACAGGCAGGCAGCGUUGUGUUCACCAUGCAGGCUUCAUUUAAAAUGGCAGAAUCUAUAGAGAAAACUCAUCAGCUGCCCAUGCCAAAGGUACCACACCCUAAUGAGCUAAAAGCCCCACCUGAGAUACUGUCAACUUUAAGACAACAUGAUCUGAUAACAGAAGAGCGCCUCCGGCUUGGCCUGGAAUAUUUUGAGGGUUUCCCAAUGGAUAUUAGAUGGGUAGAUCCCGAGUUAUUUUUGUAUAUCCGGCCACAUUACCCCAAGAGAAGUGUUUGGAUCAAGUCCAGGGGACACAUAGGUGAUGACCAGCACCAGAAUGUACACAAAUGUUGUUUGUCCUAUUUGUCUGACCUGUACAUAGUUCAGACAGCGUUGUUACCCUUUGCCCCCAUCUGGGAGAAACCAUUUUUUGUGACAUCUUUGGACCACUGCAUGUGGUUCCAUGCACCCUGUAGAGCUGAUGACUGGUUGUUGUAUGAAAUUGAAGCUGAAAACACAGGUGAUGGUCGAGCUCUAUGCCAUGGAAGAAUCUGGGACACAAAUGGAACUUUGGUGACAACUGUUUCACAGGAGGGAGUUAUCCGCCCCGCUGUGGCUAAAUUAUAGAGUCGUCAUGGAACAGAUGAGUUCACUGGAUGUAAAAACUCAUUAGUGACAAUAAGCUGAACCUAAAUCAGUUUGACUGGUGCUGUUAUCAGAGAUUAAAGUUUUAAUUUUUUGUUGUAUUUGGAUGAUACAGUUUGGAGAUUAAAAACAAUCUUCAAAUCUUAGAUUUUUGUUUAGCACAUUAACACAGAGUUCUUUUAUCUAAAUAGCUGAUAGACACUUAGUGUGGUGCUAUUUUCUAAAAAAUUUGCAUAAACCCCUAUUUUUCAAAUAGAUAAACUUUACAACAUACCUGAGAACAUAAGUAAAAGUAAGAAAAUUGUCUACUUGAUUGAACAAUUUGUGUCAGUUCUAAAUAUUUAAGAUGAUGAUAGUAAUACUUUUUGGCUGAAUUUAAUGAAACAAGUCAGUAAAAAGUGAAACAAACACUAAUCUAUAUAAACACUACUUAAAUCAAAAGUAAAAAUGGACCAUUGGUAAAAUAGUUCUGGUUGUUAAUUUUAUUGUAUUUAUUUCUUUAUACAUUUGUAUGUAAACAAUGUAUGUAUACAAGUUUAAUUGUAAAAGUGGUUGUUUAAUUUAUAUAAUUUGGUUUCUUUUUUUUUUCAUGUCACUGACAUUUGUCAGUCUUAACAUUUGCCUGCUCAUGUUAUUCAUUUCACUUAAAGAAAUGCUCACAAAUAUAUUUGGAGAGAGGGUGGGGGUCUUAACUACCCCAUCCAUUGACGGGAAAAGUGUAAAAUUUUGUAUUUAAGUUGUUCUGUUUUGAAUAUUUUAAAAUGUACAUUUGUAAAACCUAGAGCAGAUCUCAAGAGGGACACGGACCCCCCCUC